CUGUCUUUUUUCUCUUUUCCCGCUGUCUCGCUUUCUUCGUGCGUGUUUUCUGGAGAAUUUUGUCGGCUGGAUCUGUGUCAGACACCGCACAGAAUUCCCCCUUAUAUAAAUGUAACCUUUCUCGAAUUUCCUUCCUAUCAGUUGCAUCUCUUCCAGAAAUCGAAUAGGAGGAGCGAGAGAAACCCCCGAUCUCUUCACUGACAGAAGAAAUCUGUACAACGAGACCGGAUAUGGAUGUUUGCUCGAGCUUUUCGCACAACAUGGACGAUGAGUAUGCCAAAUUCGUCAGAAGAAUGAAUCCGCCCAGGGUUGUGAUCGAUAACGACGUCUGCAAGAAGGCCACUGUUGUUAAGGUCGAUAGCGUGAAUCGGCCCGGAAUACUUCUUGAAGUUGUUCAAGUCCUAACCGAUCUCAAUCUCAGUAUCAGAAAAGCUUACAUAUCUUCAGAUGGUGGCUGGUUCAUGGAUGUUUUCAAUGUUACUAAUCAAGACGGGAACAAAGUCACCGAUGAACUGGUUCUUGAUUAUAUUCGCAAAUCUUUGGGGCCUGAAUCUUGCUUCAUGUCAUCCAUGAGAUCGGUCGGGGUCAAGCAAUCGACGGAUUUCACGGUGAUUGAGUUAACAGGGUCUGACAGACCCGGUUUGCUGUCUGAACUCAGCGCUGUCCUAAGGGACCUCCGGUGCAAUGUGGUGAACGCUGAGAUAUGGACACACAACACGAGAGCAGCGGCCAUUGUACAGAUCACAGACGAAGAAACGGGUUUUGCAAUUACCGACCAGGAAAGGUUGUCCAAAAUCAAGAGGCAUCUCGGUAAUGUGCUUAUGGGAGGCAACAGUAGAACCCACGAGGCGAAAACAAUGGUUUCUUCUCUAGAGGUCACACACACGGAUCGCAGGCUUCAUCAGAUGAUGUUUGCCGAUAGAGAUUACGAACAGGACAAUGAUGAAGAUGGUGGUGUAGAUAAGGUUGGGAGACUCAGGCCAGAUGUUGAUGUAGUCAACUGGCAUGAUAGAGAUUACUCCAUCGUCACUAUCAGAAGUAAAGAUAGGCCGAAGCUUCUCUUCGAUACCGUUUUUACUUUGACGGAUAUGAAGUACGUGGUUUUCCAUGCAAACAUCGACGCCGAAGGUCCCGAAGCUCAUCAGGAAUACUACGUAAGACAUACCGACGGAUCUCCAGUAAAAUCUGAGGCCGAGAGGGAACGCGUGAUAAAAUGCCUCAGAGCAGCAAUCCAAAGAAGAGUCUCCGAGGGUCUGAAGCUGGAGCUGUGCACUACCGAUAGAGUCGGGUUGCUGUCGAGCGUAACCCGAAUAUUCCGAGAAAACAGCCUUACAGUCACGAGAGCCGAGGUGAAAACCAGAGGAGGGAAAGCUCUAAACACGUUCUACGUGAGCGAUGCCUCGGGUUACACAGUUGAUCCCAAGACCAUAGAUUCGAUCAGGCAAGUGAUCGGUCAGACGAUACUCAAGGUGAAGGGCGAUGCAGAGGAGAAUCUGAAACUGGCGUCUCAAGAAUCUCCGACGAGGUUUCUCUUCGGAAGUCUGUUCAAGUCGAGAUCUUUCGUCAACUUCGGAUUGAUCAGAUCAUACUCCUGAAAAAGAUGAGAUCCCACAGGUUUUCUCAAAGACAUUGUACAUAGAGAUUGAUAGGGGACACAAAGGGGGGGG